AAAUUUGCAUGCUUUGCAAUUUGCAACUAGUCAUGCAUCAACAAGACAUAGGACGCUAAGCAUACAUAGUGCAGUGCGUGUCUCUCUUGCUCGCCAAUUGCUUGGUCCAACUUGAUCGUCCAUGGCCGUCCACCAUCCGCACCUCCUCGACUUCUCGCCGCCUCCGAGCACGGUGGCCAUGGAGGCGCCCCCACCCUCCUUCGACCACGGCCAGCUCCUCGCGCUCCAUGUCGACGGCAGCGACGACAUGCUGUCCCUAGGAGGAGGCUUGCCUACUACUGCACACCGUGUCCUCGCCGACGACACGGCAGCAUGGCCGCCGCCGCAGGGCGCGGUCUCCCUCUCCUUGUGCAACUACGGCACGGCGGGAGGAUCGUCGUCGCUGUUCGGCCACGACCAGCAACAGUUCGCCGUGCCUCCGGCGGCGGUGUCGCUGCAGGCGCCUAAUAACCACCUGCCGUGGCCGAGCGUGCAGCCGUUCCAGCUGCGGAGCUCCAAGUACCUGGACCCUGUGCAGGAUUUGCUCACCGACUUCUGCAGCCUCGAAGUCGAAGGGGACUUGCACGCCAUGAACGGCGUCAACAAGAGAGCUCCGAAAGCAGCAGGCAAGUGGGAGGACGUGGAGCCGUCGUGGUCCUCGGGACUUUGGGGCCAUCCGUCUCUGAGCUCCAUGGAUCUCUUGGAGCUUGAGAGGAGGAAGAGCAGGCUCUUGUCCAUGGUUGAAGAGGUGGACAGGCGGUACCGGCGGUACCGGGAGCAGCUGAGGGCGGUGGAGGUGUCGUUCGAGGCGGUGGCCGGAGCCGGGGCGUCGCAGGUGUACACGAGGCUGGCCCUGCGCGCCAUGUCGCGGCACUUCCGGUGCCUGCGUGACGCGCUGGUGGCGCAGGUGCGCGCGCUGAGGAAGGCCAUGGGGGAGAGGCAGCAGGACGGCUACGGCGGCGGCGGCCCGGCGGCGGCGGGGGCGACCAAGGGGGAGACGCCGCGGCUCAAGGUGCUGGACCAGCGCCUGCGGCAGCAGCGGGCGUUCCAGCAGCAUCCGGGCGGCAUCGAGAACUACCCGUGGCGGCCGCAGCGCGGCCUGCCGGAGCGCGCCGUCGCCGUCCUCCGCGCCUGGCUCUUCGAGCACUUCCUCCACCCGUAUCCGAAUGACGUGGACAAGCACAUUCUGGCGCGGCAGACAGGGUUAUCCAGAAGCCAGGUUUCCAACUGGUUCAUCAACGCAAGGGUGAGGCUGUGGAAGCCCAUGAUAGAGGACAUGUACGCGGGUGAGGUGAAGCAGCAGCGAUCAGAGUCAGAGGCGACGACACAAAACCCUACUAGCGCCGGCGACGGAGUCGCCGUCAAAGCUGAGCACAACGCAACGGCGGGAGCCAUGGGAGGAGAAAGCCACCACCACUUCCGAUCAGCUACAUUGUGAUUGUGACGGACGGCGGCGACCAUCUGUUCAGUAGUAGCUGUCCAACCAUGCAUGGGAGUCACGGCGGCGCGGUGUCGCUUACUCUGGGGCUCCUGCAGCAGCUGCAGCCGAUGAUGCCGCAUGAUCUGCUGGCAGGGUAGCUGCAAGCAGCAGCCCGUCCUUCAUGAGACCUGUAGAUUUAGAUAACCGAGCUAGUUUCAGUAAAAGUCCAUCUGCUCCAGCAGCCCAUAUCCUCCGGAUGAGAAAGACUGUAUUUUGUACUAUAUUGAUUUCAUAUCCAAUACAUACAUACAUACAUACA